AACACGGCUGGGCCAUCUGAGUCAAAGAGGCACUAUCAGGAGCCAGGCUCAAGGAGUUGUGUGACUACCAGCUACGCUCUGUCUAAGUGUCCCGCUUCGCUUCGAUAGUGACGUUGUCACCUUUAUUCUCGGCUUCUGUUAGCCUGCCGUAGGAGAGCGGGAAAAGGAUAAAAAGCGCAACACAGCACAUCUCAUCAGCGGGUGAUAGACUGAGGAGGAGGCAUAAUGACACUUCCCAAGCUGGCCAAGAACCAAGUGUUCUUUGGCACCUUCGUACACGCUAAACGCCUCGGUGAGCUGGAAAUCCUGCAAAACACCGCCGUGUGUGUUGAUACAUCAGGCAAGAUUGUCGCCGUAGAGGCCAAUUGCAACCAACAAAAGGCAGUCGAGACAUUGUAUGCUGGACUAGGAUGGAGUCUCGAAGACAUUUCUGUUACUCUGUGCUCGGAUACGCAACAGUUUUUCUUUCCCGGGUUUGUCGACACGCAUGUUCAUGCCUCCCAAUAUCCCAAUCUUGGCAUAUUCGGCAAGACAACCUUAUUAGACUGGCUUAACACGUACACAUUUCCUACGGAAGCCUCGCUGGCAGAGCUCCCUAAGGCACGCAGAGUGUAUACACGAUGUAUAAGACAGGCGCUGGCGCAUGGCACGACCACCGCGGCCUAUUACGCGACAAUCGAUGUCAAUGCUACCAAUCUUCUAGCAGACCUCUGCUAUUCCAUGGGACAACGCGCCUUCGUUGGUCGUGUGUGCAUGGAUCACCUGGGGCCAGACUACUAUCGUGACGAGUCGGUCGACCAAUCCAUGGCGGCUACCCUGGCUACAAUCGAGCACAUCCGCAGCAUAGACAGCAACUUCGAGCUUGUGAGCCCAAUUCUGACGCCAAGGUUUGCCCCUGCGUGUAGCAGCGAGACUAUGAAGAGUCUCUCCGAAAUCCAGAAGCAGACACAGCUGCCAGUUCAAACGCACCUUUCAGAAAACGUCAGUGAAAUCGAGCUGGUGAAAGAACUCUUCCCAGAUUGCAAGCAUUACACCGACGUGUAUGAUACCCAUGGACUCUUAAACGAGAAAACGAUUUUAGCCCACGCCAUCCACCUCACCGAGGAAGAGGCAGAUCUCAUCGCUGAAAGGAAAGCCAAAAUUGCCCACUGUCCAUGCAGUAAUUCUGCACUUUCAAGCGGAGUGGCGCGAGUUCGUUGGCUGCUCGAAAAAGGCAUUCAAGUUGGACUCGGAAGCGAUAUGAGCGGUGGUUAUAGCCCAAGCAUUCUCGAGGCGGCAAGGCAUGCCAAGUUGGUAUCAAAUCACUUGAUCAUGCCGGGAGGAACCCUUAACAAUCUAUCAGAAGAGGAGCGCAACAAAACCAAGCUGAGCGUCGAAGAAGUCCUGUACCUGGCGACUAAAGGAGGCGCGGAGGUAGUGGGCCUGGCCGAUAAGAUCGGGACUUUUGAGGUAGGGAAGCAGUGGGAUGCCCAGCUCAUCUGGACAGGUAUCGUUCCUGAUGAGAUCGCCUAUGACGAUUUCACGAACUAUAGCGCCACGGAUAUAUUUGGUUGGGAAACAUGGGAUGAGCGCGUCGCAAAAUGGGUCUUCAAUGGAGACAGCCGUAAUGUGAGGAAAGUGUGGGUGGCAGGGCGACUAGUGCACGAGCAACUCUUGAGAAAAGAAAACUAGAUGGAUGGGCUCUCAGCUAAUUCGGACUUAAUGGCGUUGGGUUCUUAGAUGGCUGGACGAAGGGAAAAGGACACAAGGACAAUUCUCAAAAUGAUAGAUGUUUCUAUACCCAAAGCUGAUCAAUAGAGGUCAUUUCCGUUUAUCAACUGUAAUCUAUUUAGCUGAACCUGACCGGGUAUCAAACACGACACAAUCCAGAUCAAUUUGCAGAACUAGGGACGUCA